CUUCCCACACCUCCAGCCGGCUUCGCCUGUAGCCGGGAUAGGGACUAAGCCGGCCGCCCCGCCCCAGACCAUCGCCCGGGCGGCGGAGGGCCUAUCCCCGCCCCUCCCCUCCUCCUCCUCGCUCACGCCCUUAUUUAACUGCGAGUCCCAACUUUGUUACCCGCUCACUCGUCCUCUCCCUCGGGUGCCCGCCUCAGCCGCUGCUCGCCUCGCUCGCCUGCACCCCUCAAGAUGCGCGCAGGGCUCCUGCUCCCCGUCGUCCUGGCGCUCUGGGUCACCAUCGCCUUUGCGGCCAGGGCGCCUUACGAACAAAUCCUGCAUCACAGCAGAAUCCGGGGCAGGCAUCAAGGUCCCAAUGUCUGUGCUGUGCUGAAGCUUAUUGGAACGAACAGGAAAUACUUGCCAAACUGCAAACUCUGGUACCAGAGGAAAAUCUGCGGCAAAUCAACAGUGAUAGCCUAUGAGUGUUGUCCUGGAUAUGAAGAAGUCCCAGGGGAGAAAGGCUGCCCAGCUGCUUUGCCACUUGCAAAUCUUUAUGAAACACUUGGCAUUGUUGGGGCCACUACCACUCAGCUCUAUUCUGCCAGCUCAAACCUGAGUGCUGAAAUCACCGGCCCUGGAAGCUACACGAUUUUUGCUCCAACCAAUGAGGCCUGGGCAUCUUUGCCUGCUGAAAUGUUGGAUUCUUUGGUGAGCAAUGUUAACAUUGAGCUGCUAAAUGCUCUUCGCUACCACAUGGUGAAUAGGCGAGUCCUGACUGACGACCUGAAACAUGGAACAAGCCUCCCUUCAAUGUACCAGAAUAUUGAUAUCCAGAUCCAUCAUUAUCCAAACGGAAUUGUUACAGUGAACUGUGCGAGGUUACUAAAGGCUGACCAUCAUGCUACUAAUGGAGUGGUUCAUCUCAUAGACAAAGUCAUUUCUACAACAACAAACAGCAUCUUGCAAAUUAUUGAGAUUGAAGAAAGCCUUGAGACCCUUAGGGCAGCUGUGGCAGCUGCUGGUCUUAACAAUCUAUUGGACAGUGAGGGCCAGUUUACUUUGUUGGCUCCUACCAAUGAGGCCUUUGAGAAGAUCCCACAAGAAACUCUGAACAGGAUCCUAGGAGACCCAGAAGCUUUAAAAGAUCUGUUGAGCCACCACAUCUUGAAAUCGGCCAUGUGUGCUGAGGCCAUUAUUGCUGGCUUAUCAGUGGAAACACUGGAGGGUAAAAUGCUGGAAGUGGGCUGUAAUGGCGAUGAACUGACUCUCAAUGGAAGGCCCAUCAUUGCAAACAAGGAUGUCAUAGCAACCAAUGGUGUGAUACACUUUGUCAACGAACUUCUUAUCCCAGACUCAGCUAAAACUUUGCUGGAAUUGGGAGAGGAAUCCGACGUCUCAACAUCCAUUGACCUCUUUAGACAAGCUGGUCUCAGUUCACACCUCACUGGAAAUGAACGACUGACGCUUCUUGCCCCCACCAACUCCUUCUACAAAGAUCGCACUGCAUCUGCAGACAGAAACUUACUCCUGGAUCACAUUGUUAAAGAACAGCUUUCCUCUAAAUACCUUUAUCAUGGACAGAAGCUGGAAACGCUGAGUGGCAAGAAGCUGCGAGUAUUUGUGUACCGCAAUAAUCUCUGCAUAGAAAAUGCCUGCAUUGCAGCCCAUGACAAAAGAGGAAGAUUUGGCACCUUGUUCACUGUGGAUAAGAUUUUGACUCCUCCUGUAGGAACUGUUAUGGAUAUCCUCAAAGCAGAUGAUCGUUUCAGUACCUUAGUGGCUGCAAUCCAGUCUGCAGGCCUCACAGAAACACUGAACAGGCCAAGGUCCUUCACAGUAUUUGCACCAACAAAUGAAGCUUUCCAAGCUAUGCCACAGGGAGAGCUGAACAAACUUAUGGGUAAUGCUAAAGAACUUGCCAACAUUCUGAAGUACCACAUUGGGGAUGAAAUAUUGGUUAGUGGAGCGGUUGGCGCUGUUGUACGGCUGAAGUCCCUGCAGGGUGAUAAACUUGAAGUCAGCACCAAAAACAAUGUAAUAAAUGUCAACAAGGAGCCUGUUGCUGAGGCAGACAUUAUGGCCACUAAUGGUGUGAUUUAUGCUGUGAAUACAGUUUUACAGCCACCAGCUUUUAGGCCUAAUGAAAGAGGUGAUGAGCCUGCAGAUCCUGCAAUGGAAAUAUUCAGGCAUGCUUCUGCAACAUCCCAGAUUUCUCAAAGGAGUGCUCGGUUGGCUCCUGUGUAUUCCAGACUGUUAGCAAGGAUGAAGCAUUAAAGUGAAAACCAUUCUACAUGUAAAUCACAAAUAGGGAUUCAGCCAGAGUUUUUUCAUUGGGUUUGUUGAAAAGAAGGACUCUGUUGUUCAUCUGUUUUUGUUCUUUCUUUUUAAAAAAUAAACCAAGUAUUACACAAACAUCAUGUUUUCCAAUUGAAAUGAAGGAGAGAAAAUAAAAGCCAUGUAUAUUUAAACCAUUGGUUGAUAAGGGUACUUUUGUUCCCAGCUGUAGCUGAGAAUUUGGGGGGGGGGUUGGAUAUGAGCAUCACCUCCAAAACUGUUUAGACCUAAACUUCAUAUGUGCAAGAGUGAAGAAUGACUGUGAUUGAAAGAUACACCUCAGUUCAUCUAAAUCCUUCACAGGUGAGCACUUAACAAAUGUUGCAGUCUAAGCAAAGGCUUGAAUCUGCUGUCAGAAAUGGGACACACAAAGUGAUUGCCUGCUGAGUCAAAUUCUGGCUCCAGCCAGCCAAUGUUAUCUAGCUUAACUGGUAGCUGCUCUAAGCAAAGUUCUCUCCCCCCCCCCAAUAAUUUUAUUAGCUGGCAUUUGAACCUGGGACUCAAAGCUUGUGCUCUGCCCUUGAGAUACAAACUUUCUCCAAUGGGAGGCUUUUCUAAAUUAAGACUCCUCAGGUUCUCUAACCCUGGAAAAGGAGAUUCUUGAACAUUCUAGACUCAAACUGUCAAGGAGUCAGGCCUGUAGCCAGGAUUUUGUAAUUCAGGGGGCCUUUAAAUAAGUCA